CUCUGUCUCGUCAAGCUCAGUGUCAAGGUAGCGUUAGUAACUAGCAAAGUCCUGUAACCAGGUGUGGCCAUACAAAAGCGCAGAAAUCCGGCCCUGCCACUCCGCAUCUCCACCAUCCAGAAUGCGGAUGUGACAUCUGCUGCUUUCAGCCAUUUAGCAACCUUUCAAAUACGAUCUCCUGCUUUGAGGUCGUCUGUUCGUUGGGCAGAGGCUCAGGACUUCGUGCCCAAGAGUUUCUAUUUAGACUACGGGCGCAUGGCGUCACCUCUCCGCUUCCCCAGACUUAACACAUCGCGUUGAUAGCUACAGAUCGCCAUGGAGGUAGCUCCUCUGACAUUGGCUCACACCCACGCUCGGAAUGCAGUGCUUGAGACCCGCAAGGCCAACCCGGUCGCUGCGAGCGAGGAGCAUGAUCUAGCUGCCGGUGAGUUCGCCACAGCUGCACAGAACAGCUCCGACAAAGAAGCCUUACGAACGCUGCGCCUACUCGAAACCCACCACAAGAAGCUCGCCGAGCUCCUCAGGUUCCAACAUGAGCAUCCAACCACAGCCCCUACCGAAGUCACAUCCGCUACCACGUCUUCAAAUCUAUCAGUUCAGCAAGCUGCGACUGAUGCCGCCGGCGCAAAGACUGCAACGCCGACUCAGGAUGCUCACAAUUUACCACCAAGGUUGGUGGGAACUGGUCGAAUUCUUAGUCGGGACAAAUCUUCUAUCGCCAGCGACCUUGCCUCUGCACGAGGAAUUCCCUCCCAGCCACGGCGUGGGUCGCCGGCAUCACCAACGCUCUCUUCUCAACAAGCUGCAGCAAAGAUGACCGAACCCCCACCUAAAGCUACAACCGGUGAAUCCAGACUGCGGGGAGUGCCAAACAAAAACCGACAAAGUCGCUUGUCUGCACCUAGGCAGCCGUGGUCUCCCCCAACACCCAGUUCCACACAGGCCACAACGCAACAAGUUGCACAUGCCGGCACAUCUGAGUCUGCAGGGCCCACGGAUAGGCCUUCGGCUGCCGAAGAACCGUUGCAGCGCUUCUACUCAGCAUUUGGUGGACUAGUCGCCAAAGUAUCCGUACCUUUGGCGCUCGCAGGACUUCAAGUGGGGACAGCCAAUCCAACACAAGCUGGACAGAGCCGCAAGUCUUCGGCUGAAGUGAAACUAGACCGGGACCAUGCUACUUUGGAUCGGUCGACGACUGCGCCUGAGCCUAAUGUGAACAAGAUAUUCUCCCGAGCAGCUCUGCGGUCAGUUCGUGACGGUGCCGGGGCAAGUAUCGGAAACCCGGCCGAGUCAUUCUAUGUAGUGCCGACCACAGGCGGGACCAUGUCGUACGCAGGGAUUCUCACUCGGGCCGAGAAGGAAGCACGCAGGAACAGCCUCGAGGAUGGCGAUGAUGAUUUCGUGGAUGCGCAGGAGACACCUUCAUCGCCCGAAAUGCGUCACAGCGGCAGUGGCUCUCGUAUAUGGCGAGGACGCCGGGAUGUCCCCGAUCAGCUUGCCACAGCUCCGAAUACUAAAACAGUGGAAGAAAUGCAGAUGGAGAAUGAAGCUUUGAGGACUUUGACUGACACACUUUCAACCCGACUACAUAUGUGGGAAGUUAACGCGCAAUCUUCUACCAUGGCACUCCACCAAUCUUUGAAGAUGAUUCACCACGCUCCAUCGGGUACUACCUCCCCAGUAACUACCAUGACCGCACCCCCGGCUGCAACUGGACCUGACCCACGAGUCAAAGAACUGGAAGAUCUCAUUCGAGACCACGAGCACAAACUCGAGGCUGCUUCUCAGGAGAACGACAAGCUGAAAGAAGUUCUUCGGCGAUACCGGGAUCGCUGGGAGAAACUCAAAGAGGGUGCCAAAACUCGGAGAGCUGAGGCUCGCACUGGCGAUACCCAAAUAAACCACUCGCCGAGCGAAAUUCCGGCUUCUCCGGUUACUGGACAGGGCCCAUCUGUGGGCCGAUCUUGAACACCGGGAAGUGUAAGUUCUACAUGAUUACAAUGACCAUUAUCAACGACUGAAAGAAAUGCUGAGGGCGUAUUCGCUUGGUUUAACGUGAGGUAUUUACAGAAUUGUUAAGCAGGGAAUUCAUUGUUUCUUUCACUUGCUUCUGACUAAUAGUUCAGUAAACCUUCAACUUGUCUUUUGGGUUAAAUCACUAUCUGCCAAAUGGGAUAUCGUUACACAGUUGCACCUCAAGGAAGGCCAGGAGGUGGAGGGGAUCGAGUGUAUAUAAAGAGCUCUUUCAAUAUCAGAACAGGUGAUAGCGAUAGCACUGACUGGCCAAAUCUCGCAUCUCCUUUUCUACAGUGGCAGAGCUUGGCCUAGAAAGAAUAUGAAGAAGGAUAAGCAAGAUUAGAGCUACCGAUUUGCCCAGAUGAUGUAUACAGUAUAUUGUUCAGAUACUUCCAAGGCUGAUAGGUAAAACGAAA